CAACUUUUCGUUGGUUGGUGGACCCUUUUUCAGUCUCUUAUAUGUGCAAUCUAAGCCACCCUUAAGUUAUUGUGUGGUAGCUAUUUUGCCUUCACAUCCUCUGCCUCUCUCUCCCUCUCUCACCCGCAUAGAAGAAAUAUUGUCUUCUGUCAAGAGAGUAAGAAGGAAGAAACAAUCUUAAUCACAUGGCAAUUAGAAAGUCAUGUGGUAGUAGCCCUCUUCCCAAUCCUCUCCUCCUCACACUCUUCUCUCACACAUUCCUCUUCUUCCCAGUUUGGUCUUAUUCCGGUAACCUCGACGCAUUCGUCUAUGGUGGCUGCUCCCACCAGAAGCACACCCCGGGCUCGCCCUACCAGUCGAACCUCAACUCCCUCCUCACCUCCCUUGUCAACUCUGCCACUUUCUCCGCCUACAAUAACUUCACCGUGGCGGGAGCUAGCCCACCCGACGUCGUCUAUGGCCUCUACCAGUGCAGGGGAGACCUCUCCAUGCCAGAUUGCGCCACGUGCGUGGCCCGCGCAGUGACCCAGAUGGGUACCCUCUGCUCGGGCACGUGCGGCGGGGCCAUCCAGCUAGAGGGAUGCUACGUGAAGUACGAUAACGCCACCUUCCUUGGAGUGGAGGACAAGACCGUGGUGCUCAAGAAGUGCGGGCCCUCCGUGGGGUAUGAGCCUGGGCCCAUGGGCAGGAGGGACGCUGUGCUGGCGAGCCUUGGCGGUGACCCUGGGCUAUACCGGGUGGGAGGUUCAGGAGAGGUCGAGGGGGUCGCACAGUGCUUGGGGGACCUCAGUAUGGGUGAGUGCCAAGACUGCAUAUCGGAGGCCGUCGGACUGCUGAAGAGCGACUGCGGGACGGCGGUCUAUGGGGACAUGUACUUGACUAAGUGCUACGCUAAGUACUCCACCGGCGGAGGCAGUGCGGACUAUCAACCCCAUAAUGGUAAAUCGAACGACGAGGAAGAUGACGAUGGUGAGAAGACAUUUGCAAUUAUGAUUGGAUUAUUAGCCGGAGUUGCUCUCCUCGUUAUAUUCCUCACUUUCCUUCGAAAGGCUUUCAAGAGAGACGACGAUGGUAAGUGAUGCCAUUGCAACUUAAUGAGCUCUCAGUCCUGGGAUGAACUUUUGGAGUCAAAUGCUUUACUAUUGACUCCUUUUUUCCCCCUUUAUUUCUUUUUCUUUUGUUUUUUCUCCCACCCUUUUUCCUUCACUCAUAAUAAUGUCAACUUUUUUUUUCCCUCACUAUUAUGUGUUAUUUUAUCUCCAAAGAGAAGAGGGAGAACUGUAUAAAAAGUAGUGAGGUGAAGGAAAAGGUUGGAACGAUGUAUUAUGGGAUAGUAAAGUGAACCUACUGAAUUGAACAAUUUGAAAAGAGAGGGAAGGAUAGAAAAGGAAAAUGUUAUAUGUCUAUCGUAGAAGUCUCACUUGGACAAUUGAUAGGUUGUUAAACCUAAACUUCAUGUAA